AUGUCCGAGCCACAGCAGACCCCAACGCCCGAGAAGACGCCCGGCAAGAAACCAAGUCGACCUGCGGCGCCCGAACGUAGUAUUUCCGAAGUCUCGACGACGUCUGGCGACGACCAAGGCUACGAGUCACGGUCCAGGUCGCAAUCACGACGGAGAAGAAGGCAGAAUCAGCGACAGAGGAAAACGGCUCAGGGCGGGGCUCAGGCCGGAAAUGCCUCUGCUCAAUCCAUGGCCUCGAUCGACGAAGGCCCAGAGAGUCAACAACAACAGCCGCAGCCGCCGCAGCAGCAAUGGUUGACGAACCCCGAUCCCCGUGACAUCACAGAAGCACAGCCGUUUGAAAGAAUAAAGCCACCCUCCGAGUCCAUGGUAGGCCCGGUGACAUACGCCCGAAUGCUGCGAGGUGAAAUUCCAUGGCGAGGCGCACCGCCCACACAACCCCUGGACACAGCAAAACCCAACGAUGCAAAAGACAGCACCGGGAAGGACCCGAUGGAUCAAGAUGGAUUGAAACUGCGCUUAGAGCUGAACCUGGAUAUUGAGAUUGAACUCAAGGCCAGCAUACACGGUGACUUGACGCUAGCACUCCUGUAA